AUGCAAGAUCUCGAUAAACUGUCACUCGAAGAGGAAGCUCAUGCAGCUGCAUCAAUUGAGAUCUCAAGACUACAGGGCAUCGAAAAUCAGAUUUUGAGCAGCCAGAAACAAGCGCAGCGAGCGAAAGACGCCCAAGAGCAGGCAGAGAAGGAACGAGAGGUUGCUGAGAAUGAAGCCGAAGAAUGCCGCCAACAAGCCGAAAGAAUGUUAGCCAUUACUGAACAACUCACGGAGCGAAACAGUCAGCUAGCUGGGGAUGUGGCCGCUGAGAGGGAGAAGAACUGCCGUCUCGAGCAGCAACUUGUGGAGACUGACGGCUCGUUGAAUCGUGCACUUCUGAAGCUGUCAGAAAGGGUAUUCGAUGGAUUCUUAAGAGUAUGA